AUGAAGAGUGAAAUGGAGAAGAUUGUCUCCCUGUCAGAUGGGGAUAGUACCGCCGAGCUUCAAAAGUAUCUGUCUUCUCUAACAGACGACCAGUUUAUUUCUGUGGUCACUUACAGCGCACUGCAGGGUCAAAACAUAGGUGCCAUGAUCAAAGGCAUAUUUAAAGGUUCCCCACCUAGUGCUCCAGAGGGUUCCAAGCGCAGACUUCUCCUGUACCAGCACUGCAUCCCCCUGUGUGAGUCUAGGGAUCUCCAGACUGAGGUGGUAGCUGACAUUGUGGGAUUACUGAUGCUGGAGACUCAUAAUUUGCCUGGACCGUCCCUUGCACAGCUGGGAUCUCUUUUUGUUGAGGCUAUCAAGAUUGGCAAAAUGGGCAAUGGAAAAUCCCUGGAACUGUUUCCUACAGUGCUUACUGCCCUUGCAGCCUGUGAGACUUUGUCUUAUGGCAAAGGAGAACUCAGUGGUGAGGAAUACAAGAAACAACUUAUCAACAGCCUCUGUUCAAGCAGGUGGGACCCACAAUGUGUGAUACACCUGACCACCAUGUUCAGGGAUGUGCCAUUGUCUCUAGAGGAACUGCAUUUCCUGGUGGAAAAGGUGUUGAGGAUGUUCCUCAAACUGGAACUGCAAGAAAUCCCACCACUGGUCUACCAGCUGCUACUUUUAUCUGCUAAGGGCUGUAAGAAACAGAUCCUGAAUGGAAUCAUCAGUUAUUUUAAGGAGCAAGACCUUCGCCAGAAAGAAGAACAGAAAGACACAGAGAGCAUGGACCUGGAGGUUCAGUCCAUUCCUCAGGACCAGUUACGGCAUGUGGAGGGCACAGCUAUCCUGCACAUAGUCUUUGCUAUUCGACUCGACCACGAACUCGGGAGAGAGUUCCUCAAAAGCUUCAAGCAGACAUCUGAUGGGGACCUUUGUCCAUUCAGUAUCGCAAUGCUGCUCUCAGUGGUUCGCAUCCAGCGCUAUGAAGAGCAGGUGUUUGAGCUCCUGAAAGGGAUUAUCAUCAAAAAUGUCAAGGAUGAGCAGCUGCGGCAGGGGUCAAAAUUCUUGCAAGACUUGCUACCUCAGUGUUGCAGUGUGGCUCAGAUGAUCCUUGACACAGUAAAAAACAGCAUAUUUGGUUGGGACCAUGUGACCCAGGGCCUGGUCCAGUUGGGAUUCUUCCUCAUGGACACAUUUGGCCCCAAACCUGGGCCAUUUGGUAAGACUUGUGAUGGGUCUACCACCACAGCCAAGACCCCUAGUCAGCAAGCCUGUAGGCUGGGUGGUCAGGUCCUUUUGGAGGGCUUCAAGAUGCAUGAGCCUAUCAGAGGAGAAAUACUGGAGCAAGUCCUGAAUCGAUUAGUCGCAAAGAUAGCUUCACCUGUUAAUCAUUUCGUAGACCUUUUCUCUGACAUUGUGGUCUCUGCGCCAAUGAUCCUCUUGGAAUCAUCGUCUAAAGUAAUAGAGACAUUUGACCACCUGUCAUACCUGCCCUUGGCAACAGGGCAGGGCCUGCUGAAAGCUGUCCAGCCCCUGCUGAGGGUCAGUAUGUCUAUAAAAGAUGCUUUGAUUCUGGUUCUCCGCAAGGCCAUGUUCUCCAGUCAGCUGGAUGGAAGGAAGUCUGCAGUGAGUGGCUUCCUGCUUCUACUCAAGAACUUCAAAGUGCUGGGCAGCUUGGCAACGAGCCAAAGUAGCCAGACGAUCUCUUCAAGCCAGAUUCAAGUAGACGUUCACUCCCGCUACAACUCAGCUGCCAAUGAGGCCUUCUGUCUGGAGAUUUUAAGCGGUCUUCGGCGCUGCCUGGGUCAGCAGGCCGAUGUGCGCCUAAUGCUCUAUGAGGGUUUCAAUGAUGUGUGCCGUCGAAACUCGCAACUCGCGAGCUCCAUCAUGCAGACACUUCUCUCACAACUAAAGCGCUACUAUGAGCCAGAACAAGACCUUCUGCCCCCAGUGAAGUUGGAGGCAUGCCUCUCUGCUCAAGAAGGUCAAGUCUUCCUCCAGGAGCCUCUGGCCCACCUUUUGAGCUGUACUGUUCACUGCCUGCUGUGGCUUCACAGCAAGCUCCACUCAGCCCACCCCAACACCAAUGAGAGUGAUGAUGAUGAUGAUAAGGAUGAAGAGGAGGGAGGCUAUCAGUCCGAGCUAAAUGAAAUCUUAGAGAGCAUAACAAGGCGCAUGAUCAAGAGCGAACUGGAGGACUUUGAGCUGGACAAGUCCGCAGAGUUCUCCAUUUCAUCCAAUGUUGGGGUAAAGAACAAUAUUUAUGCUGUGCUCGUGAUGGGAAUGUAUGAAGUGCUUAUCGAGUACAACUUUAUCAAGGCUAACUACAGCAAAAACCGUUUUGAGGAGCUCAUGGCCCUGUUCAACCACUACCAUAAACUGUCUGAGAUCCUGAGGGAGAAAUCUGGGAAGGGCAGACUGUCCAAGACCCCGCGCAGUCUGCUCUCCAUAGGUUUUGUGUCUACACUCCUUACUACACUGUUCAGAGACAGUACCCUGAGCAGAGAAGAGGCGCUCUCAGUACUGCGCUCAAGUGGGGAAUUCCUGCGUUAUUCAGUGAGUGUAGCCCUGCAAAAGAUCCAGCAGCUGGAAGAAACUGGACACACUGAUGGCCCAGAUGGACAGAGCCCAGAAAAGAUUUUCCGCUUCCUUUGUGAUAUGACAAGCGUGCUGAUGUGGCGUUACACCAACAUCCCCAGCACAGUGGAAGAUGCUGGGCGCAAGGAGAAGCGCUCAAGCCUUUCCCAGAUGUGCCUGGAGGGUCUGCUCAGGGUCUUCAUCACUUGCCUCCAGCGUUACCCAGACAGGAUGCUACAACUUCUCUCAGCCAUGGACAUCUCAGAUGAUGAUCUUGAAUCAAACACUGGCAACAUCUCAGAGAUUAUCUUCUUUUACAUCCGGCAGUUUCAGAGGGCACUGUUCACACAACUGAGUGGUGGAGAGGAAGAAUUUAACAGCAAAGAGGCACAGCUAUUGGUCAGCAUCUUGAGCGUGCUCUCACGCCAGCUAGACCCUUCUUCGCAACAAUUUGCUCAAAUGAUUACUUGGACCAUGAAAAUUUGUAAGGAGACCAGUUUUGAGGACACUGCCUUAACCAAGGGCCUGCUCUCCCUUCUCUUCAAUCUGCAUGUGCUCUAUAAGAGUCCUGUAAGCCUGGUGCUUGAGCUCUGCCAAGACAUCCACAGCCAGCUUGGCGAUAUCGACCAGGAUGUUGAGGUGGAAAAACAGUCUCACUUUGCCAUCGUUAACAUCAAGACUGCUACAACAACUGCUCUUCUAGUCCUGUCUCAGGUGAACAGAGUGCUCAAUGAGGUAGACUGGCUAAUCGCUAAGAGGAAAAGCCAACUAACAUUGGAGAAACCAACCAACGGUGAGUCCACCCAGAUAGGCCAGCAGGACCCACUAGAGAAAGCAGUGACUCUGCAGUUGGGGAGCCUUGUGACAGCACUAAAUGAGCUGGUCCAAACAGCCCUGCUGCCAGGGGCCUGCACUGAUACACUGCUGAGAGAAUUGAGCUGCACCUAUACCAUUCUUACCACCCUGGUCAAAUAUAACAUUCAGUGUUUAGGCCAACAGGGCGGGCUCCAAUCACGCUUUGAGAAGCUGGUUAAACUGUCCGGCUCCCACUUAACACCACAGUGCUACAAUUUCAUUACCUAUGCACAGAGUGGAGAGCUGAGUAGUGGACAUGACAAGAAAAAGAAAAGGGAUGAGGCCAACGUUGCAGGCUCUGCAAAACUUCUGCGUGAGACAAAGGGUAUUCCUAACUUGAUCUUCAGCAUUGAACAAUAUGAGAAAUACCUGAUCACCCUCUCAAAGAAGUCAAAGGUGAAUCUGAUGCAGUACAUGAAACUGAGUACAUCAAGAGAUUUCCGAAUCAACACUGCAACUGUUGAUGCGGCCCUACAAGAGCUGGAUGCCAGCCAGCAGUCAGAGGAGGCCCGGGAGCCCAAGAAGAAGAGGAGGAAACAGUGAGAUGAAGCGUUUCCACUCAUUUGUAUAAAGUCUGUGGUCUUUUUUUUUUUCUGGAUUUGAAGCAGGUCCUCCAAGUUCCUUACGGACUUAGAAUUUGGACCAGUGGCUUGUUCCAUGGAAUAACCUACU